AUGUACGCUUGGCCCUGUGCUGUAGUCCUGGCCCAGUACCUGUGGUUUCAUAGAAGAUCCCUACCAGGCAAGACUAUCUUAGAGAUUGGAGCUGGAGUGAGCCUUCCAGGAAUUGUUGCUGCAAAAUGUGGCGCAGAGGUAACGCUGUCAGACAGUGCAGAGCUGCCUCACUGCCUAGAAAUCUGUCAGCAGAGCUGCCAAAUGAAUGACCUGCCACAGGUGCGCGUUCUAGGCCUAACGUGGGGUCACCUAUCUCUGGACCUUCUGGCUUUGCCACCCCAAGAUAUUAUUCUUGCAGCUGAUGUGUUCUUUGAACCAGAAGACUUUGAAGACAUUUUAACUACAGUCUACUUUCUGAUGCAGAAGAACCCCAAGGUCCAAUUGUGGUCUACUUACCAGGUAAGAAGUGCUGACUGGUCACUUGAAGCUUUGAUCUACAAGUGGGAUAUGAAAUGUGUCCACAUUCCUCUGGUGUCUUUUGAUGCAGACAAGGAAGAUAUAGCAGAAUCUGCCCUUCCAGGAAGACAUACUGUUGAAAUGCUGGUUAUCUCCUUUGCAAAGGACAGUCUGUGA